AUGGACUUAUCAGAGUUAAAGCAUGCCAAGUACUUUUCCAAGAUUGAUCUGAGAUUGGGAUACCACCAACUGAAAGUCAGAGAAGAAGAUAUUCCUAAGACGGCAUUCAGGAAUCGUUACAGUCAUUACGAGUUCUUGGUGAUGCCUUUCGGAUUGACUAAUGCCCCAGUAGCGUUUAUGGAUCUCAUGAACCUGACUUUGACUUUGAAGAGGAAGCAGCUUUUUGCCAAGUUUAGUAAAUGUCAGUUAUGGUUGGAUAUAGUAGACUUCCUUGGACAUGUAAUUUCAGCGGAAGGAAUCUACGUGGACCCUCGGAAGGUGGAAGUAAUAGUGAAUUGGGUACGGCCUACUAAUGUGACGGAGGAACGGAGUUUUCUAGGGUUGGCAAGAUACUAUCGUCGUUUUGUGGAAGGUUUCUCUAUGAUAGUUGCACCUCCCACUCGGUUAAUGAGGAAAGGAGAGCUUAAGAAGAGAUUAACUACCGCACCUGUUUUGACCCGUCCUCAUAACACGGGAAAUUUUGGGAUCUACAGUGAUGCAUCAUUACAAGAUUUGGGAUGUGUAUUGAUGCAACAUGAUCAGACAUGUCAGAUCUACCCUUAUCACAAAAGCCUCAAGUACUCUUUCACCCAGAAGGAGUUGAACAUGAGACAAAGGCAUUGGCUAGAGUUGAUUAAGGACUAUGAUUGUACGAUUGAGUACCAUCCUGGCCGAGCUAAUCUUGUGGCGGAUGCUUUGAGUAGGAAGUCUUGUGGAAGCCUAGCUCACCUAAGAAUGGCCUACCUUCCAUUACUGGUGGAAUUGCGGAAAGAUGGGGUAGAAUUGGGAAUGAAUCCACAGGGUGGACUACUUGCUAGUUUGCAUGUGAGGCCUAUUCUGGUUGAGCGGGUGAUUGCAGCCCAAUUGGAAGAUCCUACACUUUGUAUAAUAAGGCUGGAAGUAGAAAAUGGUAUGCUGACGGAUUAUGCUGUGAGUGAAGACGAAGCCUUAGUAACUAGAACGCAUCUCUGCGUACAAAAGAAUGAAGACUUAAAGAGACAAAUCAUGGAGGAGGCUCACUGUUCUGCCUAUUCUAUGCACGCGGGUAGUACCAAGAUGUAUCGAACACUACGUGAGCACUACUCAUGGCCGCAUAUGAAGGGUGACAUAGCUAGGUAUGUGAGUAGGUGUUUGAUUUGCCAACAGGAUUAG